CCUCUACACCUAGGAUUGCGACUCCGGGAGUUGGUGUGCUCCUCCGCAAUUUCCAGUCGAUAAUAUCCCCCUCCAUCUCCAAGACAACAGCCUCACCCCAGGUCCCCAAAUACCGACACGUUUGGGUAGUUUAGGAAUCCAGUGUAUUCCAACAUACGCAAUUGAACAUUAACGACGAUGGUCGUCCUCGCAGCUUCAAUAUGCACAAGAGGCGGCAAAGCCGUCCUCUCGCGCCAAUUCCGCGAAAUGCAGCGCUCCCGCCUCGAAGCCCUCCUCGCCUCGUUCCCCAAGCUUGCCGACAGCGGCACACAACACACCAUCUGCGAGCAAGACAACGUGCGCUACGUAUACCAGCCGCUCGACGAGCUUUACAUGGUGCUCAUCACCAACCUGCAAUCCAACAUCUUGCAAGACAUUAAUUCUCUGCACCUUUUCGCCCAGGUUGCCUCCUCGAUAUGCAAGUCGCUCGACGAGCGCGAGAUCCUCAAGAAUGCCUUUGAGCUGCUCACGGCCUUUGAUGAGAUUGUCACGUUGGGCUAUCGGGAAAACUUGACCAUGAGCCAGAUUAAGACGUUCUUGGACAUGGAGAGUCAUGAGGAAAGGAUCCAGGAGAUCAUUGCAAGGAACAAGGAGCUCGAGGCGAGCGAGGAGCGCAAACGUCGUGCCAAGCAGCUCGAGAUGCAACGGAAAGAGAUGUCGCGGUCUCAGCGAGCCAGCGGAGGUAUGGGUGGAGGAAUGGGCAGCGGCGGUAUGGGUCGCUCCCCUUCGUAUCCUGCCUUCACGCCCAGCGUGCCCACGUCGAAUGUUACCGAUACGUACGACAGUUAUGAAGCCGACAAAAAGAAGUCGGCGGCCAAGCCAUUAGCACUGGGCAAGAAAGGCAUGCAGCUAGGCAAGAAGAACAAGACUAACAACAUGUACGAACAAGUGACUGGCGGACUACCAGUCGAGGAAGAACCACUUGUCGCGCCAAAGCCAUCUGCAGCCGCCGCGGCUCCCGCAAGCGCACGCCAAUCUACUUCGACCGACCGCGAAGCCGUACACAUCACCACCAACGAGACGAUCUCGGCACGACUAGACCGCGAGGGUCUCCUCAAGUACUUCGAAGUCAAGGGCGACAUGCAGCUCAAGAUCACCGACCCUUCUUUGACCCAAGUCAAGCUCGAUCUCGCAACAGGAAACACUCGCGGCGCUCAACUAAUGACGCAUCCCAAGGUUGACAAGACGGUCUUCCGGAACGACAAGGUCAUUCAGCUCGCGGACACGAGCAAGGGCUUCCCGUCGAAUAUGGGUAUCGGAGUCAUGAAGUGGAAACUCGUGCCGCGGCCAGACGAUGUGUCCGACCCACCCAUCACGUUCCGGGUCUGGGUAGAGGAUUCGGGCAACAUGUAUAACAUCACGGUAGAGUAUGAGCUUACUGGUGGUGAUUCGUUGAAGGACGUCACAGUCACCAUCCCCUACCAGACAGACGAGCCCAACGUGUCGUCUUUCGAUGCGGUGUACGAAGUUAGUGGCGACAGUAUUGAGUGGAACAUCGGCGCAGUCGAUGAUGCGAAUAGCUCUGGUAGCUUCGAGUUUGAGGCUCAAGCGGGUAGCGACGCGGAGUUCUUCCCUAUGCGCGUAAGGUUCACCAAGAGCACGCCAUUUGUGGAUGUGGACGUCUCUUCUGUAACCCUCCUCUCCAUGAACCAAGACAUCAGCUUCACCAAAGAUGUCAAAUCCACUGCGGACGUGUACGAGAUCGCAUAAUCAUCACAAGAACUUUUCAAUUUUGGGGGGAGCAAGUUCCGUUGGUACCACCGUCUCGGCGCUGGGGGCACCCGGGUAGAUUAGACCAAAAAUCGAAUCAAAUGACAUGAAUGAGAACUCCGAAUUCUGCUUCCGGGAUUUCAACUGCGCGCUCUUCUCUUCUGCAAUUCUUCGUCAGACUCAUCUGGUACUUGUAUACUCAAAUGCUAUCAUUAACU